AUGAAAGGCGUGCAAAAAGUACGCCAGCAACAACAAAAAGUACGCCAACAACAACAACAAGCACUAAGCCCUAUCUGCCUAGCCAUCCAGCCUGGUGGUUCAACCGUUUUCCUGCUGGUUCUAACCGUAACUCCCGUCGACGUCUACCAUACCAUCGACGGAGGCAUCAUAGGCUACAAGACCUCCUUCGUCGGCAGCAAUGGUUUCCGACUACUGCAACUGCGAACAAACGAUGAAACGCGUGGCAAAACUGAAUGA